UGUAGGGCCUGCGGUGGGGGUGGGGGAAGGAAGGCGGAGGGAACUAUGCGAGGAUUUGCGGUCCGCGCCGUGGGGAGCCUCGAGAGACCGUUUCUGAGGGGGAUUUGAUCCCCCAUGGCCACCGAUGACAGCAUCAUUGUGCUUGACGAUGACGAUGAGGACGAAGCAGCCGCUCAGCCGGGGCCCUCCAACCUACCCUCCAAUCCUGUCUCACCAAGACCAGAAGCCUCUGGUCCACCUGAGCCCCGUGGGGAUGGAGGGAGGGGUAACUCAGGUAGCCGGAAGUGCUUCAAGGCGGAGAAUGAGAAGCUGUUUGAAGAGUUCCUUGAACUGUGUAAGAUGCAGACAUCAGACCACCCUGAGGUGGUCCCGUUCCUCCACAAACUGCAUCAGCGUGCCCAGCCUGGGUUUCUGGCCUCUGCAGAGUUCUGCAACAUCCUCUCCAGGGUUCUGUCUCGGUCUCGGAAGCGGCCAGCCAAGCUCUACGUCUAUAUUAACGAGCUCUGCACUGUUCUUAAAGCUCACUCCACCAAGAAGAAGCUGAACUUAGCUCCGGCAGCCUCGGCCACCAGUGAAUCAUCUGGUGGUAACCCUCCCACAGAUUCCCCUUCUGACCUUACAAACGCUCAGACCACUGCCGCUGAGGCCUCAAGGACUCGUGGUUCCCGGAGGCAGAUCCAGCGCCUGGAGCAACUGCUGGCACUGUACGUAGCGGAGAUCCGGCGGCUGCAGGAGAAAGAGUUGGAUCUGUCAGAGCUGGAUGACCCCGACUCCUCGUACUUACAGGAGGCCCGCUUGAAGAGGAAACUGAUCCGCCUCUUUGGACGGCUGUGUGAGCUGAAGGACUGCUCUUCCCUGACGGGACGGGUCAUAGAGCAGCGAAUCCCCUACAGAGGCACCCGGUACCCGGAGGUCAACAGGCGCAUUGAGCGGCUCAUCAACAAGCCGGGGCCUGACACCUUCCCAGACUAUGGGGAUGUGCUGAGAGCCGUGGAGAAGGCUGCCACCCGCCACAGUCUGGGCCUUCCCAGGCAGCAGCUCCAGCUCCUGGCUCAGGAUGCCUUCCGGGACGUGGGUGUCCGGUUACAGGAGCGGCGCCACCUGGAUCUCAUCUACAACUUUGGCUGCCACCUCACAGAUGACUACAGACCAGGCAUUGACCCAGCCCUGUCUGAUCCCACGCUGGCUCGCCGCCUUCGGGAAAAUCGAACCUUGGCCAUGAACCGCCUGGACGAGGUCAUCUCCAAGUAUGCAAUGAUGCAAGACCAGACUGAGGAGGGCGAGAGGCAGAAGAGACGGGCCCGGCUCUUAGGCACCGCUUCCCAGUCUUCAGACCCCCCCAAAGCCUCCUCGGAUUCUGGUGAGGGUCCUAGUGGAAUGGCAACCCAGGAGUGCCCUACUACCUCCAAAGCUGAGUCAGAUGAUGAUGACGAAGAUGAGGAGGAGGAAAGUAAUGAUGAUGAGGAGGAGGAGGAGGAAGAGGAGGAGGAGGAAGAAGAGGAGGAAGAGGAAGAAGAAGAAGAAGAAGAAGAAGAAGAGGCCACUGAAGAUGAAGAUGAGGAUUUAGAACAGUUGCAGGAAGAUCAGGGGGGUGAUGAAGAAGAGGAGGAAGGAGGAGAUAACGAAGGAGAUACAAGCCCCACAUCCCCUUCACACAUUUUCCCUAGAAGGAACUCACAGCCCACAGAAGGGCUCAGGUCUCCUGAGGAGCAGCAAAAGAGAGGACUGACAGAGGCACCAGCAUCACCUCCAGGAGCAUCCCUGGACCCUCCCAGCACUGACGCAGAAAGCAGUAGAGACCGUCUCUAUGAACCGCUUCUGGAGGAAGAGAGCCCUGGGUCCCAACGUUUUGAGCUAGAGAUUGAGGCUUUGCCUGAGGACACCACCCCUUCCCCUGAAGAAAGGCACGUUUCCUCUUCCAGGAAAAAGUCAGAAGAUUCCCUCCCCACCAUCUUGGAAAAUGGGGCAGCUGUGGUCACUUCUACAUCCUUCAAUGGGCGUGUCUCUUGUCACACUUGGCAAGAUGCCAGUCCCCCGAGCAAGAAAUUUCGGAAGGAAAAGAAGCAACUGGGCUCUGGACCAUUAGAAAACAGCUAUAUAAAAAAGCAGGUGGCACAUCAGGACACUGGGUGGAAGACAAGCGUCCUGUCUGCUCCGUCUCCCCCCUUGGCCUCUGUGGCUCCUGUCGCUGUUGCUGACUCCUCCAGCAGGGUGGACUCUCCCAGCCACGAGCUGGUCACCAGCUCCCUGGGGGGCCCUUCUCCGUCCCUGCUUCCCCAGAUGCCCCAGUGUCAGUCUUUCCGGCCGUGUAUUUAUAAGACGAGUGUGGCCACACAGUGCGAUCCCGAGGAGAUCAUCGUGCUCUCAGACUCUGAUUAGCAGCACUCCCUGCAUCCAGAAAGUUUUGUAUGGCUGUUACAAGAUGACGGAGCAAAAGAUGAACGGAGCUCCUCCUGUUUUGGUGGUGUUUCUUUUGACAAAAAAAAUCAGAUGUUUUAAGUUUUACACAGACACAUUAAUAAACAAUGAAUUUCUUUUUAUUGUA